CAUUUUCAUUUUUUAUCAUUCCUCGAAUGUGGUUUAAAACUUACUCACAGCUGCGAUCUCCCAACGGAUGAUUUAUUUUUCUUUAAAGUGUAUAUUUGUUGAUUCGAUUUAUUUAUUUAUCAAAACGCAUCGUUGAUGAUAUAGUGCCGUUAGAAAUAGAGAAGAUGCUGUUUUUUGCCAUCAAAUGUUACACUGAUGCCUCAUAAUAAGUGGGAAUAAACCAACUAUGGCGCUUUGGCGAAGCUCAGUGCUGCGUGUUUACCCACUUCUCUGUCACUCUGGCUCUGUUGGAUAGUUCAUCAGUGUGUGAGGUUGAGAGAAAAACUCUCUGUUUAAACGUGGAUUAUAUUAUUUUCCUCUGAAUGCUCUCUCGGCGAACUGAGUCAUACCUGAAGUGUAUUCUCCACUCUGUCCUCUAGUUUCACCUUCUAUAUCUCCAGGAAUAAAUUAGCCCGUUUACUGUACUCGUCACACCGCUGACUACACUACAUUACACCGCACAUUAUUCUGUUCCUGGGUUGUUACAGUAAAGUGUGAUAUCUAUCUUGAGUUCAGCACCAAAUUGUGUUAUUACGAUAUUAUAGUGGGCGUUGAGCAGGACUCCCGCGUGUGUGUGUGUUUCUGUGUGUUGAUGCACGGACAGAUGGAUGGGUGGAAGGAUGGAGUGAGUGUGUGUUUGAGAGAGAGAGAGAGAGAGAGAGAAGGAGGGAGGGGUUUGCCAUUUGAUCCUCUGCAGCAAAAAAACAGAGAUGCUCUCUUCAAAUGUCAGCCGCCUUUAGUGGUGCGCAGAUAAAAAAAAGUCCUCAGAAGCGCGUUAGAAAUAAAACACCGGGCGGCGAGGGAAGGCGGGCUCGAGCUGCACAUUUCGCCGGAUUUUUCCAAGUCGGAUUCGCCCCCGAGACUGUGCUGCGGUGCAGAAUGUGAGCCUAAAAUGAGUUUCGGGGCGAGCUGGUGAACCAGCGGUGGACACGAGGCGAGAGGACCAGCAGCCGCUGCCAGGCCUCCCAGAGACUGCAGAGCCGUCGACCAAUCAUGAUGAGUGUAGAGGGUGACGACAAGCGAACUCGUACUCGGUCCAAGGGAAUCAGAGUUCCUAUUGAGCUCGUAGGACAAGAGCUGAGCUGCCCCACCCCUGGAUGCAAUGGCUCUGGCCAUAUCAGUGGGAGAUACUCACGACACAGAAGCAUUCUGGGAUGCCCCAUAGCCAGAAAGCGCCGUCUAGAGGAAGCAGAGGCUGAGCAGGAGCAAGAGCAGGAAACAGAGCGACCUGCCUCCAAGAGGAAGUCCCACCCCCUGAAACUGGCCCUGGAUGAGGGCUUCAGUGCAGAGAGCGAUGCCAGCAGUGAGGCUGAGGGUGACGUAGAGAAAGACGGAGAGAAAGCAGGAGAGACCAAGGAGGUGGAGGAGGAGGAGGCGGAGGAUGAAGCGAGGGAGGCAGCUGUAGAGGAGGAGACAGAGGAGGUGACAGAGGAGGUGACAGAGUACCUGACGCAGGAUGGACAGACAAAUGGACAGGAGGAGAUAAUACAGAUGGAGGAGGAAGAGGGAAGGGAAGAAGAAGAAGAAGAGACAUAUCAGAAGGAGGAGAACACACUUGUAGCUGAUGAAGAAGAGGAGUGUGUAAUCAUCGAGCCUGAGCUUGGAGCAGCGCCACCUGCAACCGAGGAGUGUCAGUCUCCCUCCCAGAGUGCAGAAGAGGUGGCCAACUCUCUCCUCCACCUCGGCCGAGUCUCCAACAGCACUGCUCCAACUGUGGCCCCUCAGCUGCCCGUUGCUGUGGAGACUCAGGAGGAUGUCACUGUGGCGGCGGAACAGGGUGAAGAAGUAAAGGACGAGCAGAAGGAGGACAUGAAUGAGGGGGAGGAGGAACAGGAGGAGGUGGCACACAGAGUUCAAACACCGGAAGAGUCAUCUGUCCUGCCGAAGGAGGCAGCUGAAGUGGAGGAGGAGGAGUUGGAGGAGUUGGAGGAGAAGGUAGAAGAUGAGAAAGGAGAGUGCCCAGAUGGGAGCAACAACGUGAGCCAGGAGAACCACCAAUAUCUGACCGAAGAUGUCCACCACGAACAGAUCAAAGAUGAUGAUGAGGAGGAGGAGGAGGAGGAGGAGGAGGAGGAAGAGAUGGCAGCGCCAGCGCAGCAGGGGCAGGGCACUCUAGCAGAAGAAGAGGAGGAUGAGGAGAAAGAUGAAGAGGACCACAGGGAGGCAAACCACAUUCUGCCCAUAUCUGAUGUGCCAACUGCCAUCCGCACCAUCACCAGCACCGCAGCAGCUCAGGGAACACAUAAUAAGGCUGAAGACCACAGGGCCAGUCCUCUGGAGGACUACAACUCACACAGGGCCAGUCCCCUCGAAAACUACAACACCAACAGAGCCAGUCCACUCCACAAAUAUGAUUCUCAUAAACCUAGCUCACUUCAAAACUACAAGGCCAGCCCUCCUUUAAGCUACAGCUCCCACAGGGCCAGUCCGCUGGAGGACUACAUUUCCAGCCUUAGAGGUGAGAACUAUAAAAUCCACAAAGCCGUGUCCUCUGCCUCUCCCGACAUCAUCGAGGUACGAUCAGAUAGGUCGGAGGAGAGAGACUUUGAUGAUGUGGAUGGGGACGACGAGCGCGAUGAUGACGACAGCCUGUCACAGCGUUCCACGGUGACGGACGAGUCGGAGAUGUUCGACAUAACCCGAGGGAACCUGGGCCUGCUGGAGCAAGCCAUUGCCCUGAAGGCAGAGCAGGUGAAGCCAGCCGGGCCCAGAGAGCUGCUUCGCGCCCCAGAUAUCCACCACCAGCGAUACUUCACCAUGGAUGACAGGCCCAAGCACCUGGACGUCAUCCGCAAGAGCUACUUCAGCAAAGAGAGCAGCAGGCCAGAGAAGAGGGAGAUCAAGUGUCCCACCCCGGGGUGUGAUGGGACAGGUCACGUGACCGGUCUUUACCCCCACCACCGCAGCCUGUCAGGCUGUCCGCACAAGGACAGGAUCCCCCCGGAGAUUCUGGCCAUGCAUGAGAAUGUGCUGAAGUGUCCAACACCUGGCUGCACCGGUCAGGGCCAUGUUAACAGCAACCGUAACACACAUCGCAGUCUCUCUGGAUGCCCCAUCGCUGCUGCAGAGAAGCUGUCCAAGAGCCACGACAAGCAGCAUCUCUCUCAGCCAGGCAGCGAGCACCUCAAAGGAAGUCCCAACGACAGAGUGUUAAGGCCCAUGUGCUUCGUGAAGCAGCUGGAGGUGCCCCAGUACGGCAGCUACAGGCCCAACAUGGCCCCCGCCACGCCUCGCGCCAACCUGGCCAAGGAGCUGGAGAAGUACUCCAAGGUGUCCUUCGAUUAUGCAAGCUUCGAUGCUCAAGUGUUCGGGAAGCGCAUGCUUGCUCCAAAGAUGCCCACCAGCGAAACCUCACCCAAAGCCUUCAAAACUAAGCCCUCAUUCCCCAAGUCACCGUCACCCAGCCUCAGUCUCCACGGUUACGGGAAGAGCUCCUCUUUGGCCUAUGACUACUCCCAUGAUGCUGAGGCUGCUCACAUGGCCGCCACUGCCAUCCUGAACCUGUCCACACGCUGCUGGGAGAAGCCUGAGAACCUCAGCACCAAACCCCAAAACAAGGAAAUGGACAUUGAGGUGGAUGAGAAUGGCACCCUGGACCUGAGCAUGAAGAAGCCCAUUAAACGAGAGGGCAGUCUGUCUGGCACCAGCCCUGGGGUUCGGUCCCCAGACCCUUCUUCCUCCUCAUCUUCCUCCCUCCAUCACGGUGGAAGCAGUGGCAUGACAUCACCAAACCUACACACCUACAAGCAGGAGGAGUGGGAGGGACCUCUGGAUUACACCAAACCCAAUCGCCAAAGGGAGGAGGAAAUGGACGAGAUGGAGCACACAGGCCAGUCCUUCGUCUCGUCUGACCCAGAGGACUGUGACAUGAUGCAGGACUCUCUGGAGGAGAGGAAGUACCCAGGAGAGGUUACGACCCCGAGCUUCAAGGUCAAGUUCCAGCCUAAGGAUAGCAAGAAAGAGCUGCUCUCGUGCCCUACACCUGGUUGUGAUGGCAGCGGUCACAUCACAGGAAACUAUGCGUCCCAUCGCAGUCUGUCUGGGUGUCCUCUCGCUGAUAAGAGCCUUCGGUCCCUCAUGGCGGCCCACACCCCUGAACUCAAAUGCCCCACUCCAGGAUGUGACGGCUCAGGCCACAUCACAGGAAACUACGCAUCCCACAGAAGUAUCUCUGGGUGCCCGCGUGCCAAGAAAAGUGGAAUUAAAACUCCUACCAAGGACAACCAGGAGGACUCCGAGCUUUUAAAAUGCCCCGUGCCAGGCUGCGACAGUUUGGGUCACAUCAGUGGGAAGUACGCCACACACCGUAGCGCCUACGGGUGUCCACUAGCAGCCCGCAGACAGAAGGAGGGUCUCCUGAAUGGCACACCCUUCAACUGGAAGGCCUUUAAGACAGAGGGGCCUACUUGUCCCACCCCAGGUUGUGACGGCUCUGGUCAUGCUAACGGAAGCUUCCUCACACACCGCAGCCUCUCAGGGUGCCCCAGAGCCUUGUAUGCCAAGAAGAAGGCCAAGUUCCCCUCAGAGGACUACCUAAGCACCAAGUUCAGAGCCAGUGAUGUUUUGGACAACGAUGAGGACAUCAAGCAGCUCAACAAAGAGAUUAAUGACCUCAAUGAAUCCAACAAUGAAAUGGAGGCUGACAUGGUCAACCUGCAGACACAGAUCUCCUCCAUGGAGAUGAACCUGAAGAGCAUCGAGCAUGAGAACAAGAUGAUUGAGGAGCAGAAUGAGGCUCUGUUCAUGGAGCUAUCUGGUCUCAGCCGCGCCCUGAUCCGCAGCCUGGCUAAUAUACGCCUGCCACACAUGCAGGAGCCAAUCACCGAGCAGAACUUCGACAGCUACGUGAGCACCCUGACCGACAUGUACACCAACAAGGACUGCUUCCAGAGCCCUGAGAACAAAGCUCUGCUGGAGAGCAUCAACAAAGCUGUGAAGGGCAUCAAAGUCUGAGGCUCGGCACACACACAUACACACAAAAUGUAAACUGUCCUGAAGCGCAGGAGCGUGACGGAGGUGGAGAUGGAGGGACGGGAAGAUGAAGGAGAGAUGUUGAAAUACUCUACAAUAUAUUGAAAUAUGAUUCAAAAACAAAAAGGGAAUUCAGGUUAUUUAAAUAAACGGCAACUUAAAAAAAUCAACCCAGGGAGCACUCUGUAAGAAGAAAAGUGACGCGGACCAAAAUCCACACCAUGCUGCUGCUGGGAUUAGGAGCAGGAAACAGAUCCUUCAGUCAGAAUGGAUGGAAAAGAAGAAUAAUGUUACUAGAAACUGUAUCUGGGGGUUUUAAUAUGCUGUAUGUUUACCUGUUGUCUCUUUUGUGUCCUUAACUGUUUUUGGAGAGGGUUUCACUGUUGAGUGGCUGAUCAGUUUUUUGCGCUUCGCACCAAUUGAAACAUGGAGGAACGUGGAACACGGGAUUGCUUACAGGAGCUUGGUGACACGAAGACGAGGACGCAGAUGAGUUGCUGUCCUGUAGUGUACACUGUGGCGAGCGUGUGUGACUCCAGAAGCUCUCUGAUUCAUGACCACACACACACCCCGGCAAUAUGAAGCAUGCACUACACUGAAUUUGUGUUUGCUUUGUGGUAUUACUGCGGCAAAGAUGUCAACAGCGCAAUGUUGACUCAGUUUAGCAGGAGGGGAAAAAAAACUUCAAGCAAGGUCAUGAGACAGAUCCAGGAACAGUGGAGGUUGUUUAUUUUUCAUGGGACAGUGGAUAUCAUGAUUUAAAAAGCAGCAGAUAAAUCCUUUUUCUUUUGUUUUUUUUAAACUGAAAUGAUAAUAGUAAUAGUGUGCACACAUUUCAAAUUCAGUUAGUCAUAUCAAUAGUAUUUAUCAAUAUAGGAAUUGCACUUCAUUUCAAUGAAUAGUUUUGUGGUACAAUAAUUAUUGUUAUAUAUGAAUUAUUUAAACUUGUGAACUUUUAAAUUGUAACUUAUUGCCAUUUAUGUUAUUGAGGUUUAUUUAUUUGAAGCAAUCUAUUUAUUGUUUUGUAACACACACACACACACACACACAAAAAAAAUACCAUCCUGACUGAUGAUCAUGGUCAAAGCGAUUUGCAGAUGUCUUACGUCAAUAUUUUAAGAAACUAUAUAGAUAACUGACGAGGCAUAUUUUGUUUUGAGUACUUUUUAAAAACCUUUUUAAGUGCAGAUGUUUUAUAACUGACAAAAUCUUUUGAUAAUUUUACAAAAAAAGUUAUCUUUUGGGGUUGUUUUUCUUUUUUUUUCUGUUUUUUUCUGUUACUGCUACAUUCAGAAAACCACUGCUGAGAAAAAAGAAAGUAUGUAUUUAUUAUUUAUUUAAUAUGAAAGAAAUUGACUGAUAUGGCUGUAUAUUUAUUUUGUUAUUUAUUUGCGUGAUGUGACGGUUAAGUCUGAGUAGUCUUAAAGAUCCACUACUGAUAUUUAAAUAAAGAAAAAUCAAUACAAAUACUGUUUGAUUACUUAGGCUUAUACCUAGACAUACCAGCAGCUGAUUGUAAAGACAAAAAAAGUAACCCAACAAAAGCAAUCACUGUUCUGUUGCUAUCUGGUCUCUCUGUGUUUGCUUUUGUCAGGUCAAAGAAAACCAGGAGAAAAAAAAACAGUCGAGUUCAAAAAUGUUACCUCUCCCAAGCGCUUUGUAGCGGCCAGCACUGGCUCACCCAAAACCUCUGUAAUGUACCACAGAUGCUAAAGUUAUGCUUUUAAUUCUUUUUGUCUUAUUUAUUAUUUUCAUCAGCACAAUGGUACAUUUAUAGAGCUGUGUUCCAGCAGUGCUUCAGGCUGGAUGUAUGGGUCUAAAACACACACGCACACACACACACACACACACACACACAGUGACAUAUCCAACCGUCGAAGAUACUGUAGGAUGGCCUCCUUUGACAAACUUCUAUCAGAUAAACAUACGCACCCUUGUAGCCUUACUCUAGAUUUUAAUUUUUUGAUGCACAAAGUGCCACUACUUAAAAAAAAGAGAAAAAAAGAACUCACUUUCUUUCCUGAUUCUUCGCAUUUUCUGCAAUGUAACAAUGUCUGGUCCCAGGACGACCACGGCAUCAAGAGAGUGGUGAUUGUUUCAGAUGCCUUUAUUUCUCUGCCAAGAUGGCCAUUAGUACACUAUAUAUACAUUCUGUAUAAAUAGAUUUUAAAGAUGCUAUAUAUAUGAAUAUAAACAUACAUAUAUUUUUCCAGUGUAAUUGUUAACUUGCUCUUCUUCUUCUCUUGUAUUACCUUAACAAAAGGAUCACUAGCUGUCUAGAAGAGAUGCGAGGGGCGUUUUCAAUAGGAGGCAGUUACACCUUAUCACUAAGACCUGCUCAACUGUGGCUUUAAACAUACCAUUCACUCCAACUCAAGGCAAAGUAGGCAUUGUUGAUGAUACAGUACUUUGGAAGUGUUUUCAUAGGUUUCCUUUCUUUCCCCAUUUCCUGUAUUUGUCUGUCCUUGAUCCAAAAUGUCAAAAACAUCUACUGUAUGUUGUACUACUGAAUCUGAGAAAUAACUGUCAAUUUGAAACUAGAUGGUUGACUCUUUGUUCCUAAGUGUCAUGUGAGUUCAUGUAUAGUUAAAAAAAAAAAAAAAAAAGACGAUGCCUCUGAAUAAUGUUCUGCACAUAGUGUUUGGCAACAUUGUGCAGUUAUUGUAUUGUUACUAGUAAGGCCUGCUCACUAUGAGCCCAUUCUCUCUGAUGUUGAAACAAGCAAGUAGGGGACUUUAGUUUUAACCUGCCUUUGAGUGAGUUGUUGCAGCUACUGUGGUGUACAAUAUGAUACCCUUGUGUAACUCUGAUGUCAAAGGCAUGUUGUAAAUGUGCUCUUAGCCAAUGUAGAAUGAAACUCCUUUGUGCACUUUCUGAAUAACUGUCGAAAAUGCCAGCAUUUGAGUCUCGACUUGUAAGAACCCCAAUAGAUCAUGAGCAAUAGCAAGUACUCGCCUUCACCGGAGGGCGCACUACGAAGCGUUGUCACACUUGUUUGUUUCCGUAGAAAACAACCUGUAUGUUAUGUCAGAUAGGGAGGUCUGUUUGAUUUAGGGGGUUCAGCCCGUGCAGUCAAAGCUCGAAAAUGUAUAAAAAGGAACUUUCUUUUCCGAACAAAAACCAAAAGAGAUUGACAGGAAGCAGAGUUUGGUUCUCAGGUGACCGGGGAGAGCUGCUAAAGCAAAACAGAGCAAUGCCAUAGGUCAGCCAGUCAGCUGAGGCUAGAGGCGAUGGCAGCGGCUGGAUCAAGGCCUCCUGUGGAAUGAGAUGAGUGUGUGGGAGUGGGAAAUUGAUUUGCCAGGCUACACAAUCUCCCCCUUGUUUUAGGAGGAGGCGUUUUGUUGCAUAAAUAUGUGUCCAUCACUCAAAAGAAUGUCUAAGCUUUUUAUGACUUUUAAACCCACCCCACCCCGCCCCCUUUCCUCAUGUCUUGUGUAACCUUUCCUCAGGAAAGAUCAUUUUUGAUGCAUUUGGUUAACAAAGUAGUAUAUUCUUCCUCUCUUGAAAAUGCACGAAAAAUACUACCCGAGAGUGUUAAGACUGUGAAUAUUCUCCUAACUUAUUUGAUAUGGCAUGACCCCUUUUAAACUGCUUGAUGAAAUUGUCUACUGAGGUAUGUAAAUGAAUAACACUGAGGCCAUGAAAGCAGAGCGUUUUCAAAAAAUGUCAGCUGAGAAAGCAAACGCAGCCUACGGUUGGUUCUGCGCCCACGCACUGUAUGUUUUCUUAUUUACAGAAAAGUACUGAGUGAUGGAGUUUUAUUAUUCUAAAUAGCUAAGAAAUUGAAAAAAAAAACCAACUGGUAAGGGCCCAGUUUCCCUAAAGCACCUGGAAUGAAAAUGAAUUUAACAUGAUGACACUUUCAGGGAAACCAGCCCAGACCAAAAUCUAGCUGUGUGUUUUAAGAGUCGGGGAGGGGGAGGGCGGGCACACCUUUGCAUCCUGGUUUCAUGUUAGGCACAGAGGUGUGCUUGUCAAGGUUGCACACGCUACACAGAAAAUGACUGAUAAUAAGAUAGAGAUGUCUGGUUGAGUGGCACUUUUCAUCAAGCUGAGCAAAACCAAAAGUCCCGCCCCUCCCCCCCAGCCCCCCCCCACCCCCUACUGUAGUUACAAGCCGUGUGGUCUUAUCAUGUGUGCCUUUCUCACCCCACUCAUUUCAAGAUAUGGUAUGUUUACACUCGGCAAACCUGGUUCAAAUAGUAUUGAAAACAUUUGGUCUGGAUCUCUUACCCAGUGCUUUCAGUGGGGGUGGGGGGUUACAAUGUAUAGGGAAAUAAAAGAAAUGUGUCUUUUACAUGCAGGUAGAGGCCAUUUUGUGACAGAGAUACAAAAACAGCAAGCUUUUGUUAGGCUAAAGAAACUGUGAUCUCAUUCUGUCGAUUCAGGUAUCCGACUGCAUGGACAGUUUCUGUGAAGAAAUCUGAAGAUCAUCAUCAUCAUCCCUAGAUAAUGCAUCAGUGUGCAGGGCGUUAUUUUAAAAACAAGUGGAAGUCUCUGUACAUAUUUGUAUUAAGAAGAAACUGUGUAAUUGUUGUUGUAUUGAAGACAAGUUAAAAAUGGCGGAAAAAAAGAAAAAAAAAAGAAAAAGUUUGUGACAAAGAAAAAAAAACCUCCACAGCCAAGGGUUGUCCUGCUAGCACAUUUUUACAGAGAUGAGCUAUUUUUACUGGUGAUUUUCUAGGCAUUGAUAUUGAUAUCCUUUUAAAAAAGUACAAAACUUCCAAAAUGACAAGCACUUCCACAACGAUAGAUUGUAUGGUCAUUUUUGUUACUUUUGUAGAUGUGGUCGUUCCUUUACUACUGCACCAUUUUGUAAAGUGGGACAGGCCUUGGCUGUGUGUCCUCGGGGUCUCAUGAUGUUUUUGCUUUGAUUUUAUUUAUUUAUUUAUUUUUUUUCCUUUUUGGGAAGUAAAACACUGUAGAUGGGCCGAAUUUGUGACUGUGUGUUUGUGUACUUGUGUACAUGUUCCCCUGUUCCUGUGUCAGUGUUAUAAACCAGAGAAGUGAUGUCAGUUAUUGUGGGGGUAUGAACCAUUUUAAAUGUUCUCUAUGAAAAACACAAAUAAAGAAUCAUAGACA